CGAGACAUACCAACAGUUUGUCCGACCUCCCCCACAAACCCUCCCCCUCCAUUCUCCCCACCACAAGCCGGCAUCAUGCCUAUCAUCGAUACUGGCAAGGAUCUUUCGGCACUCUUCACACAACAGGUGAAGGAGACGCCCGAUGCCAUUGCUCUUGAGGACGAGUCAAACACAUAUUCAUACGCCGAGCUCGACCAAAUCGUUGAGACUCUCUCUCAACGUCUCCGCAACUACGGCGUCAGUCGCGACACACUGGUCGGUGUGCUACUCCCUCGCAGUGCUGACUAUGUGAUUGCCUGUCUUGCUUCGCUUCGUGCUGGAGGAGCUUUCCUUGUGCUCGAACUCGCAUACCCUCCGGAUCUUUUGGCCGACGUCAUUGACGACGCUAACCCGGCUGUCGUUAUCACCCACAGAUCUGAGGUCGGAAAGAUCCAAGAAGGCGUUCCAGUCCUCGCCCUUGACGAGGAGACACAAGAAAUUAAUGGCGACCAAAAAGAGCCAGCUCCGCUACCUGCUGACGAUGACCUCGAUCGUCUUGCCUUUGUCGCUUACUCGUCAGGUACUACCGGAAAACCCAAGGGUAUUGCCAACCCUCACAGAGCACCUGUACUUUCAUAUGACUUGAGAUUUGCCGUCGCCGACCAACAACCUGGAGACCGUGUGGCAUGCAAUGUCUUCUUCAUCUGGGAAAUUCUGCGUCCCCUACUACGUGGAGCCACUGUCGUUGCCAUUCCUGAUGAGGCCAGCUAUGACCCCCUUGCCCUUGUUGAAUUGCUCGCGACCAAGAAAAUUACCGAAACUCUUAUGACCCCUACUCUCCUGGCGACCGUCCUCUCCCGUCAUCCUGACAUUGCUCAACGUCUCCCCGACUUGCGUGUUCUAUGGCUUAAUGGCGAAGUCGUCACCACCGACCUCGCCCGCAACGCCCUCAAAGCCCUCCCCAAAGCACGCCUACUCAACUGCUACAGUGCUUGUGAAACGCAUGAGAUUGCCUGCGGUGACAUUGGAGAGAUGCUCGAACAUCUCGAUGAGGCUGCCCUUUACUGCCCGGUCGGCCCCUCUCUCGACCCCAAGCACACCUACAUCGUCGAUGACGCCGGAAACAGAGUUGAAGAUGGUGUCAGUGGUGAACUCUUUGUUGGUGGUGACCUCCUGGCUCGCGGAUACCUUAAUCUGCCCGAAACAACUGCCAAGGCCUUCCUCAGAGAUGAAUAUGACUCUACUGAAGGUGCUCUGAUGUACAGAACCGGCGAUCUGGCACGUAUGCUUCCUUCCGGACUUCUUGAGAUCACUGGCCGUGUUGGAGCCAUGAUCAAGUUGCGUGGUUACUCUGUCGUCCCUGCCAAGGUCGAGAACUCCAUUGUCACCCAUCUUGCCGUCAGCCAGUGUGCUGUGAUCGCUCACGGAGAAGGUCUUGACCGUCAAUUAGUUGCAUACAUCGUGCGUGACAAGGAAGAAUCCAAAGAUCGUGCCUUCCCUGAGAUUCUUGAAUCUGGUCAUAGUCCUGAAGCCCGCAAAGCACUUUCUGCAGCUUUGGCACAGUACAUGCUGCCCUCAUUAUGGGUUGUGCUUGAUGAGCUGCCGCUACACGAGGUAUCUGGAAAGGUUGACCUCAAGAAGCUGCCUGCACCCGUUACCACCCCACCAGCCAACGGAACCAAGGCUGCUCAGGCCCAGGAUCCUAUUGGCGUCAACGAUGUUGCCGAAAUUUGGGCUGCCACCUUGAACAUGCCCCGAAGCCUCAUCUCUCCUGCAAGCAACUUCUUUGAUCUUGGUGGUCACUCCUUGUCGCUUGCAGACCUUGCUGCAAAGCUCUCAAGAGCUUUCGGCUUCCGUGUCCCCGUCGCUCGUCUCGCGGACCCUCCAACUCUUGCUGGUCAUGUUGAGACUGUUCGUGGUGUUAGAGAUGGACAUGCCGCUGCGGUGCAAGCAGAUCUCCCUGCCGUCCUGCGCAAGGAUUCCAACCUUGACCACGACAUCCAGGCCAACGGAGCCAAAUUCUGCCCUCUUAACAAAGCCAAUACUGUGCUUCUGACUGGUGCAACUGGUUUCCUGGGUGCUUUCCUUCUGAACGACCUCCUGGAGAACACAUCCGCGCAGAUUAUCUGUCUGGUGCGCUUCAAUAACCCUGAAGGCAGCGACUACUCUGCUGGUAUUGCAAGACUGAGAAGACAUCUUCUCGAUCUCGGUCUGUGGCGCGAUUCGAUCAUGGAGCGCGUUGAGAUUUUGCCCGGUAACCUUUCCCGUGAGCGUCUCGGUCUUUCUCAGGACCUUUGGAACGAUAUGGUCUCUAGAGUCCAAGUCAUUGUUCACGCUGGUGCUACCGUCAACCUGAUCUACCCCUACGCCUCGCUGCGUGGAGCCAACAUUGAAGGUACCAGGGAGAUUCUGCGCCUAGCUUCCCAGAGCAAGGCUACCGUCCAGUAUGUCUCGACAAACGGUGUCUUACCUCCUUCCAAGCACGGCUGGCCCGAAUUUGCCAUGCUGGAUGUAGACUCUGUCCAGGACAAGCUUCUUGACGGCUACGGUCAAACCAAGUGGGUUGCUGAACAACUCGUCCACGAAGCUAGCCGCCGUGGCUUGCCAGUAAAGAUCUUGCGUGCAGGAACCAUCAGUGGUCACAGUUUGACCGGCUCUGCUAACGCCUGGGAUCUGGUAUCUGCUUUGAUUGUUGAAUCAAUUCAUCUUGGUUUCCACCCUGACGUCGAGGGAUGGCGUGCUGAGAUGACUCCUGUUGACUUUGUCAGUAAGGCUAUCAUUCAUCUCGCCAACCAAUCUCAAGCCAAGCAGCUUGUUUUCCAUCUUGGUGAUCCUACCCCUGUUGAUAUGAGCUCUGUCUUCCAAGACCUUGAGAAGCUCGGCUACCCUACCAAGCCUCUGGACUGGGAGGAGUGGGUCACCAUGUGGACUGAGAAGAGAGGAAACGUCAGAGGCGGCGAUGGUAACUUCACUGUUGAUAUUCUCCGCAGUGGUAUGCCCAGCGUCGAGUUCCUAAGGGGAAUUGUCGUUCUUAACAACGAGGCCACAAGACCUUUCCGCUCUGUUGUCGAGCGUCCCAAGGUUGAUGCCGUUCUUCUCGAGACAUACACUCGCCACUGGUUCGCUAGAGGAUGGCUGCCUAGCCCUCCUUCAGGUUUGAGCUCUCUUGGCGGUGCCGCACACAUGCCUCGUAGAGGUCCCCUUAGUGGACGUGUCGCUAUUGUUACUGGUGCUUCGUCUGGUAUUGGUGCUGCCGUUGCUGUCGCACUUGCAAGAGAAGGCUGCCAUAUCGCUCUCGCUGCCCGCCGCACAGACGCCCUGGAGGCCCUCAAGCGUAGACUCACGGUCCGUGAAGGCAAGGUCAUCGUCCGUCAGACCGACGUUACAAACCGCCAGCAGGUCGAAGCUCUUGUGCAAGCUACCGAAGAAGAGCUGGGCCCUGUUGACAUACUUGUCUCAUGUGCCGGUGUCAUGUACUUCACCAUGAUGGCCAACGCCAAGGUCGACGAAUGGGAGCGCACCGUCGAUGUCAACUGCAAGGGUCUGUUGAACUGCCUGUCAUCCACCGUGCCCGGUAUGCUUUCUCGCGGCGCUGGCCACGUCGUUGCCAUCUCAUCAGAUGCCGGCCGCAAGUGCUUCCCUGGUCUUGGUGUCUACUCAGCCAGUAAGGUCUUUGUCGAAUUCACCUUGCAAGCUCUUCGUCUCGAGACCGCUGGCAAGGGUCUUCGUGUCACCGGCGUCCAGCCUGGUAACACUCAGACCGACCUCCUCACCAUGUCUAGCGACAAGGAGGCCGUCGAGAAGUACGGCGAGCCUUCUGGCGCACAGAUCCUGGACCCUGAGGAUGUCGCCAACUCGAUCGUGUAUGCGCUCAAGCAGCCCGCACACGUUGCCGUCAACGAGAUUUUGAUCGAGCCUCGCGACGAGCCCAUCUAAGGAGAGAACUAAAGAGGAGGGAAAUGAUAUUCGCGAUCGUUUUUAGCUGGAGGGUGUUUUUCUACGCUGUCAUUGUAACACACACACAACAUGGUUAUCACUAGUUUGCUUGCUUGCUUGCAGGAGUUGACAUUUUUUCUUCAGUUUGUAAUAUAUAACAAAACAACAACGACAGUUCUGGGGGUGUUCUUUCUUUAUCGUAGUAGUUUUUACUACAAACUUCGUACUAACUGGGUGAUAGAUAGACCCUACGUCGAGGACCCGACGCGACCAUAUACCUUUGUGAAGUCCCAUUUUAUAUAUACUGACAGCGAGAAUGGUUAGUGAUUCUGACUGACACUUGUA